AUGGAUCGUUUGUUGCGGGGAGUUUGUGAUGACGAACUCUUGUUGUCGAAAUAUCGAGUGCGAAUUGUGGAUAAAAGAAAGGUCCCGAUUUUCGAAGAUUCGACGAUCAGCUUUGCAGCCAACCAAAUGGUCGUCGUUAUUGAUUUGCCAAAAGUGAAUGAUGCCCAGUGUCCAGCGAUUGGAGCAGGCCCUGCUUACUGUGAAUCCGAUGACGAUGAAAACGGCCCACUGCACUUCUCCUUUCUUACACUUGACAAGCUGGAUCGAGCCGCAGAAGCAAAGGACACCAGGCUGCGACGUAUUAACAUUAACUAUGCAACGAUCGAAUGCUUUGAGACGACUCCGAUCCCCUGCAAAGACGCCAUUCGUUUAUGCCAAAAGCUUGUCAGGGACGGAUCUGAACAUUUUGACGCGAGUAUCAACAAAUUUCCAAUGUUGAUUGUUGCUGAAGCAAGUGAUGGCAUGGGCUCGGUGUAUUUUGGACUUCAAAGACCUGCGAAUGGGCGCAUCAUGAGUUUGCAUACAAGGCUUCUUGGUUCGUCAAAUGCGAUGGUUGAAAUCAAUCAAUUAAAUCAGCGAGUUACUGGAACCAAGCCUCGAUGUGAAGCCACGGCUAUAUACAAUCUCUAUCCACGUCGGGAUUCAAAGGAGAAAGCUGUUGAAUCGGGGGAACUAAUCGUCACUUUCAAUUGGCAGGAAAAUGCUAAAGCCAUGCUAACUCAACCUGCUUCAUCGGCUACGGGAUAUUUAAAAAUUCAACCAGGCUGGCGAGACUCUCGUUUUGGGUGCCGCCUGCUUGUUAAUGAAUUGGAUCAAAUUUUGGCAAUGUGCAACGCUUUGUUAACAAAUGAUAUUGAGCAGAUGAAAUGGCCUAAAUUUGACUCGUCCAAUGAUGAAACUGCUCUAGCAAACCAAAUUCACAAAAUUAUUGAUACUUGUCAAAUCGGAGCGAAGGACAGCAGAGAAGGCCGUUUUCUUGACAUGACCGAGCAAUUGUGGGGUGUUCUGAAGCUCAGCGAGUCGCAUCAACAACUUGUGCGCGCAAUCCGUUUGACUUUUACUGGUUUGGCUGAUGGAAAACCACAGAGCAUGAUUCACGAAAACAACAAGACGACACUUGCUCGACUGAUCAGAGACGCUUGCAAUAAUGAAUUAAUCCUGCCACGACUUGAAGGCCUUACUUCGAUUCAGAUCUUGGCUGAAAUAGGUGCCGAGAAAGUUGCACGGGACAUCAAAGAUGCAUUUGUCAAAGAAAAGCUUGUCAGAGAUGAAGACGUAAUUAUGCAGCACCUCAAUUUCCAUUCUAAGAAGCUUGUACCCGUCGAAGAACGUGCCGCAAAGAUUAGAAAUAUGCUUUUGGCUCUUCAAACGAUGCUCGAGAUCAAGUACCUACUCAAUGCUGAUGAUUUCAAAUUAUUUGAAUUCGGUAGCGACGUUGUCAACUACUUUGCCGAUAUGCCACAAGAGAAACUCAAGAAAGCAGCUUAUGUAAAAAGCAUUCCAUUUUCCGACUUCAACUCCAAGUUCUUUCAAUGUUAUAAGCCGUUGGUUUGGAUGAACGAAAUAGUUUUCAAUUGUGGAGGAAAUCGUGAGAUUGUUCACCUUGUGCACUUCACAAAGUAUUCACGACUCGACCACCUCAACGCUCUCGCAAAUACGCAGAAAGCAAUUUUGGAAGACGCUAUGGAUCAACAAAACAAAACUGGUGAUGAGAAGCUCAAUUCACCGCAAAAGAAGCGCACGCGGGGGGAUGACUUCGACAAGGAUACGGACAAAUACAUUGCCACUUUUACGACUAUCUCAACGAUGGAUUUGUUCAACCACAAAAAACAAAGUGCUUCGAUGGAUUUGUUGGGCGAGAACACAAACACGUUUUCACAGCAACACUUCGGUUUCUCUCCGGCAGCGUUAACCGAUUCGGUUCACAAUAUCAUCGUCGAAAAUUGGGCUCGAAUGGUCGAAGAAAUGGUUAACGAUGAACAGAUGCCAGAUAACAUGAAGACCGCAGCCGUUAGCCAAGAAUUGACGAAGUCGCUAUUGAAAGACAACCUUCUUCAUAAUGCGAUGAACAAAUUUGAGGAUAACUUGAAACGUUAUGUCAUGCGGAUUCCAGAGCAUGUUACUUUGCCAGAACAUGAAUCCAACCUUGAGGUUCCUUCAAAUUUCGACGAUGAUGCACUUGAAAAGGAAAUAACGAAACUUGAACAAGAAGUUGUGAAGAGGCGCGUAGUUAUCGCUCAUCAGGAUGUUGAGGAACGAGAUAUUCAUGAUGCAAUAACGAUUAUGCAAAAAAUGAACCAAAUGAUUGCCGAUGAAGAAUCAUACGAGGAUGUGACGGAGAAUAUGGACAGUAUGAAUAUUAGCGGUGUGCCUGGCGAAGCCCCAACUAUCCGCGAUGAUCAAGAA